AUGAUUGAAGGGACAACGCAAGACGUUAAUAUUAUACCAAAUAUCUUCGAGAAGAAGGCACCAACUGUCAAAUCGGUUAUCGACUCGCCUGAAAAGUUCGACUACAUCGUUGUUGGCUGCGGUGCUGCUGGUUGUCCUGUUGCUGGAUACUUGGCGAAUCAAGGCAACAGUGUCCUCCUUAUUGAACGCGGGCCAGUUAGAUCUCACGAUGACACGCCAAAUGCUGUGAGCACGCAUGGAGCAGGAAUGGGCAUAGCUGAUCCGAGUAUCAGCCAACCUAUUUCGACAAGAAACGGCGUUAUCACUCACGUUGGCGCCGUCAUGGGCGGAGGCACCUCCAUCAGCCUGGGAAUUUAUAUAGAAGAACCCUGGUCGUUUUUUGAGUACCUAAACCGCGUCUACGACGCAGGCUGGGAGGAAAGCCUAUUUCGCAAGGCGCAUAAAGAAGUUCAGAAAAUUUUCGGCGAUGACGUUGGCCAGUAUGUGACACCAAAUGACACACGUUUUGGUCCCGCUGUCGGUGAGGCACUUUGGCGCCAGGGAUACGAACCCCUAGGGGGACGUCUGCCCGCCCAGGCGUCUCCAGGAAUCAAGUUCAGCAACAAGGACGGGUUUCGAAUGGCGUCAGAUUUUUUCGUAUCCAGAGGUUACCUUAAAAAGGGCUUUCGGAAGAACUUGACUGUCAGGACGAACAACUUUGUGGAACGAGUAGAGUGGGAGAGGGACGCGAACGGACCAAUAGCCAGAUGCGUGAUCUACCACAAAACCACACCCAAGGAUACAAGAGGACAUGGGAACCUAGUCCGCGUUCCCCACGCUUCAAGCAGCUCAAGUAAGUCAUGGAUCAAUGCUCCACGAACAAGCUACCAUACCGAAAAGGUCAAGAAAACAGAAGGCUGCCUCGCCGCCAAUGUCGGCCAAGUCAGCGGCGCCAGAGUUGCUGAGGGUGUGAUUUACGCAACGAGAUUUAUUUUACCUCCACUGUAUCGCAGCGACCCUGUGGCAGAUGCUCUGUUCGAGACGCUUCAAGCCUGUUCCGAACAUCGAGAGCCUUUUGGCAUCGCACUGCUGAAGCCACUCUGUGCAGUUGCAUACCCAAUUAUCAAGUGCUUCCGGCAAGUGUACGCGAAAUUCUACUAUACCGCCCAACCAAAAUCACGAGGAACAGUCCGUCUGUCAGAAGACGGGAAACUCGAAGUCAACAGCAACCACCUGCAACACGAAGAGGAUCUUUUCGAUGCUGUUCGUGGCGUCUCAACUUUACUACACAUGGCAAAUCAAAACACCUACAAGAAAGUCGUGCAGGACAACACUGCGUUGUCGUGUCCUGCGACAAUUCUAAAUGGCCUUCUGGACCUCAUGACUACAAUAGGGAGCACAUCAACUGUCUUCUUGACCAAACCAACGAACUUCUACUUGAUACAAAACCACCUUCAAGACCUCAUCCCUCCGAAACACAGACGGCUCCGGCGGAUUGUCAAACUCGAUGGGCGAGUUAAGCCACGAAAACUUCAAGGAGUCCACGCUGACGGGGAUACCCAAACUGAAGGUUCCGCAUACGAGUUCGAAGAUUACAGCGACCACGUGUUGGACGGGCUCGACCUCGAAACUAUGGACGCUGUUGGCAUAAAAAAACGUCUAGAAGAAAUAGGCUUCGACUUUGAUUCCUACGUUAAACACCUGAAGGCGCAGUCUGAGGCGAACAACUCAAAUGAGGCCACAGAGGUUUUCUUGGGUUGCGAUCCACAGCCAGAAUCAGCGACACACAAUUUUACGAGAAAUUCUACCGUUCCUUGUUCCGCUCCUACGGCCACUGAGCAGCAGCAUUCCGUUGCCCGUAAUGCCGAAGAAACAGUGGCGCUACGGCAGGCGGUGGAGGAGUGCAGAGAAGACUGCUCGUCGAUGGGAGGCGACGCGCCUGAGCCUUUUUGCCCUGCAGCUGAUGUGUGCUGCUCUGUGUUUGGCAAUUCCAAAUGUCUCAGCACGGCAGCAGAGAGGCGAGAAAAGAUGAGCGCCUUGCUAAAUGAGGCUACCCAUUCCAAGAUAGCCAGACAAUAUUUGCCAGAGAUCCCUUUUCCAGGCCAGCCCGGAACACAGGCCUCAGGCAUGCAAUGGGCUGCAUCUUAUCCUCCUCUUUUACCUAAUCCACGAGACGCCAAGGCCGUUGCAAAAUAUGCGCUCUCCUAUAUGUCAAGUAUAUGGCACCACGCAAAUACGGUUCCGAUGGGGAAGAUUGUCGACAAGAAUUUCGACCUCAUUGGGGCUAAACGACUUUCCGUAAUCGACAGCUCCGUGUUGAACGAACUCCCCAGGAUGAAUCCCACAGCAACAAUGCUGAUGCUUGGCAUAUACGGUGGAAUGGUGAAGCAGAGGCAACGAAUGGCGAGCUGAAGCUCCCUGCCGUCUCCCGCAUGCGACAACUCUGUCUCUCACCAAUUUGAGGCAGUUUCUUGUUCUUUACCUGUUUGCCGUCUUUGAAAAAAAACGCAGCAUUGCGAAACAUGCUCGUCCCGUUUGCUUUGCCCGAUACCACAACUCCUGGCGCUGCUUGGUGUUGUGUG